CACUAAGCCACCACUGGGUUAUAUUAGAAAGGCAUAUUUGCUCAAAGAAUGAGAUUUAAGAGCAGUCAGUGUAUAUGAGUCUAUAGAGUCGCAGGUAAUGAUUUCUAGUUGGUGGUGCUCAUACAGUCCUGGGAGCAAUUCCACUGCUUCAGGAGUCCAAUCAGAUUUGAGAGAUAGUUUCUAUUAAAUCCCAUAGUAGACCAUCUGAAUGUUUCUUCUUGUAUUGCUAAGCCACUUUGCUUUAACAUUAAUUAAAAGUUUAAAAUAUUACCUCUCAUCUAAUCAGCCCAAAAUUCCUCUCAGAAGUCAGUGAGCUCAGUACGUGGAAACAUAAUCACAGCCUCAGUGCUUUUUCAUACAAGAGUAUUUACUAUCUGGGCAAACUAAUCACAUGUCAAAUGUCAUGCACAUCUCUGUAGAGUGCAAUACUCAUCAUAAAAACAGAAGUGUGAAAAACAGAAGUGUAAAAAGUUAGUAUUUCAUUUCAGUUUUGACUUUGAAGCUCAAAGGACAAGUUUAUUACUGAAUUUUCGAACACUUAUAAAUAAGUACAGACUCUGCAGCUCAGCAGUUUACUGACUAAUUUUUUGAUCAUUGCCAAAGGGCAUAGAAACCUGUGGUGUACAAAAACAGUGUUUGAUGCUGAAUGGCAACGAUGUUGAACACCAGCGAUGGUCUUGGGGAGGUCACAACAUCCAGUAUGAUGACAACAGAGGAUUACUACAAUUACUAUGAGGAUGGCAUUGAUGGUGAACCGUGUGAUUACGGCAAACAUGCAAGUCAUUUCCUCCCUGUGCUCUACUCCCUGUUCUUCGUGGUCGGCUUCCUGGGCAACAUGCUGGUGCUGUGGGUGAUCCUGAGGGGCCCUCAGAUGAAAAGAACGACUGAAGUGUCUCUCCUGAACCUGGUCAUCACUGACCUUCUACUAAUCUUCUCUCUCCCGUUCCUGGCUCACUAUGCCAGGGAUACCUGGGUUUUUGGUGGAGCCAUGUGCACUCUGGUCCUCAGCGUGUAUUACAUUGGAUUUUAUGCCGGCAUUUUCUUUAUUGUGCUGAUGAGCAUCGACAGAUUCUUGGCUAUUGUCCAUACUGGGUUUGCUUUGAGAAUCCAAUCAAAAACAAAAAAUGGGAUUUUAGCUAGCGUGGUCAUCUGGAUUCUAGCUAUUGCAGCAUCAUUUCCUGAGCUACUGUAUCUUGGAGUUGAACACUAUGACAACAAAACUAUUUGCACUGCUUAUCCAAAAGACAAUAGGCACAAUAAUGUGAGAAGUGUAGCUUUCUUUAAAAUGAAUGUUUUGGGAAUGCUAAUUCCACUGACUAUUGUGGGAUACUGCUACUCGAUGGUUCUCUGGAGGCUUCAGAUGCUGCGUAAUUCAAAGAAACUGGCCAUUCGUCUUGUUGUUGUUGUUAUGGUGGUGUUCUUCUGCUGUUGGAUACCGUACAACAUUGCAGCAUUCCUGAAAGCACUGGAACUGCUGGAAAUCCUGCCUCCAGACUGUGAGCUCAGCAAAAGGACCCAGCUGAUGCUGCAAGCCACUGAGGCUAUAGCGUAUUCGCACUGCUGCCUCAAUCCAUUCCUUUAUGUGUUUAUGGGUAAAAAGUUUAGGAGGCACCUCACGAAGCUUCUGCACCAGACACCAUGCAUCCAAGAGUAGUGGUUUUACAUUCCAGCAUACCUACUUGGAAUCACAAUUAUGAUAUGAUUUAUAUGACUACACAUGGUCCUUAGUUUUCAUCUAAUGAAAUUCUGUAUCUGGCCUGAGAAUGAAAAUGGAAAUAUAUACAUACAUACACUCUAUGGCCAAAUGUAUGUGGACACCUAACCAUCAUACCCAUAUGUGGUUCUUCCCCAAACUGUUCACAAAAUUGGAAGCACACAGUUGUCUAGAAUGUCUUUGUAUGCGGUAGCAUUGUUAAUUUACCUUCACUGGAACUAAGAGCCUCAGACCUGUUCCAACGUGACAAUACCCCUGUGCACAAAGCUAGGUCUGUGAAGACAUGAUUUGCCAAGGAUGGAGUGGAAUGCCAACUACACGUAAAUUCAAUUUGUUCAUUUAUUUAUUCAUGAAUUAAUUCAUAAUGUGAAGUCAUGAUUACAAAUAAAAUAUCCCUGAAGUACAUACAUGCCAGAAAGAGAUCAUCAAAGAGAAUAUAUGGCUCUGACAUACAUAAUAGCAAUUGAAAGCCCAUAAAAUGCUCUAACUUCUAUGUUCUGUAAUGAAAAUGAAUGGCCUGUUGUAAGGUAAUAGAGGACAGUUUGAACAGUAAAAUACAAUAAAAUAAAUGAAUCUCCAUUUGUUGAUGGAUGUGUAGUUGGUAAGUAGGGUCAAAUGAAAUUGUAGAGUAAAGUAUGAUUUAGGACUGUUUUAUCCAUAGGAUUUAUCCAUACUGGGUCAAAAUUGACUGGCAAUCCUCAAUGAUGUAACUGAUUUGCAACCAUAAUAGUUGCGUUAGAUUUUCAAAACUCAUGGUGCUCAGAUUUGUCAUGCCUCCCAGCAAAAUGCCGGUUGCAGACUUUAAAUUCUUAGAUUUCCAAAACAAGUAAAUCAAGGAACACAUAAAACACACACAAAAAAGAUAGAAAAAGUUUGAGCACUUGUACAUGCCACAAAUGACUAUCAAUCGCAUAGAGUAAAAGCCAGGCAAGAUUCAAACACGACAAUAAUCAAUAUUUUCAAGAUCCAAUGGAUAAUCCAAAUGAGUAAACAAGAUAUAAAAAGCAAGGGUCAUACACACAUGGGAGGACGAGAAGGAUACACUGAUACAUACUUCAAAAUCCACCAGAUCCUUCAAAUUAAGACGGCCAUCGACGGCACUUGAUAUGACAGCCGAGAUAUGCAGCCGUAUUAGGAUGCAGCCUUCCUUUUGAGAAACACCCUUAUUGAGCAGGAAAUGAGCAUGACAACAAAAGAAUAGUCUCUAGAAUUCAGAAGAUGGUGCCCUCUAAUGGCGUGGUGGUGACCUGUCCUAGACUGAAACUUCGAGCGCACACUUUUUCAGA